AAGAGCUGCAGUGUGACCGGUGGGAGGCGAGGAGAGGCGGGAGAAGCAAGAGGAGGAGCAGGGGCCCGCGGGUCCCGGGGGAUGAGGCUGGCUGGGCUCCCGCCCCGUAUUCGGGCAGCAUCGCCCAGAGCCCCGAGCCCCAAGCCCCGGGCCCCAAGCCCCGGGCCCCAGGCAUCUCCGGCCCCAAGCCCCGAAUGGCCGCAGCCCCGGAGCUCGCCUUGGACGUGAUGAAGCAGAUCUGUCUCUGCGCCACCGCCUCCUUCUCGCUAUGGCUGAGCCCAGCCGACCUUGGCACCUGCCCCCCCUGUGGCCGAUGCCUGAUCCCGAGGCCCACAGCGAGAGGCUGGCACCAGAGCCAGGACUGGGGAAGGAGUGAUGAGAAGCUGAUGCAGGCUGUGGAGAGUAACGACGCCACUCGAGUCUCUGCCCUGAUUGCCCGAAAAGGGCUGGUUCCUACCAAGUUGGAUCCGGAGGGCAAGUCCUCGUUCCAUUUGGCUGCUAUGCGAGGGGCGGCGGCCUGCCUAGAGGUGAUGCUGGCCCAUGGUGCCAAUGCCAUGAGCACCGAUGGCUCAGGUUACAACGCCCUCCAUCUGGCAGCAAAGUAUGGACACCCUCAGUGUUUGAAACAACUGCUGCAGGCAUCCUGUGUGGUGGACACUGUAGACAGCAGUGGCUGGACAGCACUCCAUCAUGCAGCGGCUGGUGGCUGCCUGGCCUGCUCUGAAUUGCUUUGCUCCUUCAAAGCCCAUCUGAACCCCCGAGAUCGGUCAGGUGCAACUCCUCUUAUCCUGGCAGCACAGAUGUGUCACCCGGAGCUCUGUCGUCUCCUCCUGCAGCACGGAGCUUCUGUGAACGACCGGGACCAACAGGGCAGGACAGCUCUGAUGUUGGCAUGUGAGGCGGCCAGUCCAGAGACAGUGGAAGUGCUGCUACAAGGAGGCGCUCGGCCUGGGCUCACGGAUGCCUUGGGCCAGGAUGCUGCACAUUAUGGAGCCAUAGCAGGGGAUGCUCUGAUCCUGCACCUGCUACAGGAAGCCACACAAAACCAGGUUCUGACUAGCGAAGAGGAGUCAGCCGAAGUGUCUUCUCAGACGUCACAGUCCAGUCGGGAAAAGGCAGCAGCCCCCAAGAAGAGGAAAGCCCCUCCCCCUCCUGCUAGCAUCCCUGUCCCGGAUGACAGGGAGGCUUAUGAGGAGAUUGUACGUCUGAGACAGGAGAGGGGUCAGCUCCUCCAGAAGAUUCGAGGCCUGGAACAGCGGAAAGAGAAGAGAGGCAGGAGGCGAGAGCUGGGGGAAGGGGCACUCCAGAUUACACUUCACCUGGAAGCAGAAGACAGCUCUCUACAGAGUCUGGAGAAACAGGUGCAAGAGCUGCAGCAGCUGUUGGCAGAGAAACAGGAAGAGAAGGAGAGUCUGGGCCGUGAAGUGGAAAGUCUGCAGAGCCGCCUGUCCCUUCUGGAGAAUGACAAGGAGAAUACCAGCUAUGACGUGGCCACACUGCAGGAUGAAGAAGGGGAAUUACUAGACUACCCAGGAGUCGAUGGGCUGCUGUCCAAGGGGCUGAGCCCUGCUGCCCAGGAAUUGCUAGCCUCCCUACAGGACCAGGUGGCAUCACUUACCAAGCAAAACCAAGAAUUGAUGGAAAAGGUCCAGAUCCUGGAGAACUUUGAGAAAGACCAGAUGGACUUGGAGACCUCAGCAGACUUCAUCCCCAUCCUCCUCUAUGACACUCUGAAGGCCGAGCUCGAGCAGGUCCGGAAGCUGCAUGAAGAGGCAGUCCGGGCUCUGGAGCAUCGGGGAGUUGAAGAAGAGCCCCUGGGAACACUGGAGAAGGAGGGGAAGAAAAGCAAGAUGGAAGAGAAGGAGAAUGAUAAGGUAGUGACAGCAGUAGGUGAGGACCAGGAUGGAGUGGCUGCCACACAGACCAACCCAGAAGAGCCUGAGAUUCCAGGGCCUGCGGCUGAUGAGAAGCCCAAGGCCAGCCCAGCCGAGGCGUCGGAGAAGCUGCAGGAAGAGCUGGAAUCUCGAAUCCGGGCCCUGGAAGAGACCCUGCGGCAACGGGAGCGGGAAGCAGCUGCAGAGCUGGAGGUGGCCAGGGGCAAGUGCGAGGCGGCCGAAGCCGAGGCCGGCCGUCUGCGAGAGCGGGUGCGGGAGGCGGAGGGUUCGGCCAACGGCGGCGGGGGCAGCAACGGUGGCGGAAGCAGCAGCCGAGGGGGCGGGGGUGGCGGUGGCAGCGGCGACUCCGCGCAGCUGAGGGCGGCCCUGGAGCAGGCCCGCGAAGACCUCAGAGACCGCGACGAGCGGCUCCGGAAACUGGAAGCCCGGGCAGAGGAGGCCGCAGCCCUGGAAGCUGAGCGGGACCAGCUGCGGGUGGAGAUGGAGACAGCACGAGGGGCGCAGCGGCGGCUGGAGGCGGAGGCCCAGGAGCUGCGGGAAGCGCUGGAGCGCGGGGUCCGGGAGCAGCGGGAGGCGGAGGUGCAGCUGGAGGGCCUUCGUGAGCAGCUGGCCUCCACGUGCGUGCCCCGACGCCAGCACCUGGAGACCGUGGAGGAGCUGGGCCGGGCGCGGGAGGCGGCCGAGAGUCGGGCGCACGAGCUGGAGAGUGUGUGCGAGGAGGCCCGGCGGGGCCUGGCCGAGCUGCGCGAGGCUUCCGAGGUGGCGGCCAGCGAGCUCCGCGCCCGGGCGCAGGAGCUGGAGCAGGAACUCGUGGUCAAGGGCAAAGAGGCCGCGCGGCUGCAGGCGGAGCUGGAGCGCGAGCGGGCGGGGAGCGUGGCGCGGUCCGAGCACGAGCGCGUGGCGGGCGCCCUCCGCGCCGAGGCCGAACAGCUGGCGGCGCGCCUCGACGAGCUGGGGCGGCGGCACGAGAAGACGAGCGCCGAGGUGUUCCAGGUGCAGCGCGAGGCGCUCUUCAUGAAAAGCGAGCGGCACGCGGCCGAAGCGCAGCUGGCCACCGCCGAGCAGCAGCUGCGCGGCCUCCGUGCCGAGGUAGAGCGCGCGCGCCAGGCUCAGGGCCGAGCGCAGGAGGCCAUGGACAAGGCCAAGGAGAAAGACAGGAAGAUCACAGAGCUGUCUAAAGAAGUCUUUAGCCUCAAGGAGGCCCUCAAGGGCCAGCCUGUUGCCCCUCCAUCAGAGGUGGCCACCCUCCAAGGCCAGGUGAAAACACUACAACAGCAGCUGGAGGACACACGGAGAUGUCACAGCACAGUGGUGGCCUUGUAUCGGAGCCACUUGCUUUAUGCCAUCCAGGGUCAGAUGGAUGAAGAUGUCCAGCGAAUCCUGAAUCAGAUCUUACAGAUGCAGCGGCUCCAGGCACAGGGCCGAUGAGAGGGCUUGGGCCCUGGCCUCACCCUCCAGAGUCUGGCACUGCCCAGGGCACACCUUCUGGACCCAGCCAUCACUCCAAACACAAGCAUACCUUUUGGACCCUGGCACUGCCCAAGGCACACCCAGUAGAGUCUGGUACCACCUCCAAACCCAGACAGUCUCUGGACUUUGGGCCCCCCCCCAUUGCCUUGACAGCUCAUCCCACAAAUGCCCCCUUUCCCCAAGCUAUCUGAACACUAAUAGAAAGGGGGGAGGUGGUGGGGAGGGAUUGAGACAGUGGCAAACAGCCUCCAGAGCCCAGGAUCCUGUGAUGAUCUCUCAGCCCAUGGCCUCCCUAUCCAACACACACCAAUAAACUUAUUUAUAUUCACAGA